UGCCACGUCUCUUCAGGGCAGCAGCAUUUACAGCAGCAGUAGCCGCCGCCGCCGCGGCCACAGCGGGGAAAGGGCGACGCGGAGGGAAUUGGGAGGGCUGUGCUACGCCCCCUCCCCGGCCUGGCGGGCUCCCGGCCUGGCGGGCUGGUGGUGAAGACGCUCAUGCUGCUGUUGGAGAGGCGAAUUGGGAAAUUGUUACAUAAGAAUCAGGGCAAAAAGUGCCAGAGGUGGAAGAGGUGGAUUGCUUCCUGGUCAUGCCCGGUGGAAGGAGGGGACCCAGCCGGCAGCAACUAAGCCGUUCAGCUUUGCCUUCUCUUCAGACAUUAGUUGGUGGAAACUGUGGCAACGGAACAGGUCUGAGAAAUAGGAAUGGUAGUACUCUCAGUCUUUCUGCUCCUCCUAUCACUGCUCUGAUUACUCCUGAGCCUGUGAGGCACUGCCGAAUCCCAGAGCUCCCUGUGGAUGGAAAUCUUCUAUUUGAAUUCCUUUUUUUCAUCUACUUGCUGGUGUCUCUUUUCAUUCAAUAUAUUAAUAUUUACAAGACCGUUUGGUGGUAUCCAUAUAACCACCCUGCCUCCUGUACAUCACUGAACUUUCACCUCAUUGAUUAUCACCUGGCUGCAUUCAUCACCGUGAUGUUGGCACGGAGGCUUGUAUGGGCCCUCAUCUCUGAGGCCUCGCAGGUUGGUACUUCAUCAGUGAUUCACGAUAUGGCAUUGAUUCUGGCACGUCUAGUUCUACUCACCCUUUGUGUAUGGGUGCUCUGCUGGACUCUGGUCAACCUUUUCCGCAGCCAUUCUGUCCUCAAUCUCCUCUUUCUUGGCUACCCGUUUGGUGUCUAUGUUCCAUUGUGCUGCUUCCACCAAGAUAGUAGAAACCAGCCUCUUUCAACAGACUGCAGCUAUUUAGUGCAGGAUCAACUAGUGGAUGACAGUGCCUCAGGGGUUGGCAGUCUUGUGAAGCCCAAAGAUUUAUUUUCUCUCCUGAGAGAAUCUGUCAAAGAACAGUUCAACCCCUCUGUGACCACUCCGACACACAGCUGUCCCUUGUCCCCAGAUCUCAUUCGCAAUGAAGUGGAGGGCCUCAAAGCAGAUUUUAACCGCCGAAUCAAGGAAGUUCUAUUCAAUUCCCUCUUCAGUGCCUACUAUGUGGCAUUUUUGCCACUGUGCUUUGUGAAGAGCACUCAGUAUUACGAUAUGCGCUGGUCAUGUGAGCACCUAAUCAUGGUUUGGAUCAAUGCUUUUGUCAUGCUCACCACACAACUGCUUCCUCCCAAAUAUUGUGACUUGCUACACAGAUCAGCUGCUCACUUGGGCAAGUGGCAGAAGCUCGAACAUGGUUCAUAUAGUAAUGCCCCUCAACACAUCUGGUCUGAGAGCACAAUAUGGCCACAAGGCGUGCUGGUACGGCAUAGUCGAUGCUUAUAUAAAGCAGUAGGACCUUAUAACGUAGCUGUGCCUUCAGAUGUCUCUCAUGCUCGCUUUUAUUUCCUCUUCCACCAUCCCUUACGGCUUCUCAAUCUGCUGAUUCUCAUAGAAGGCAGUGUGGUCUGUUAUCAACUCUACUCCCUGCUUCGUUCAGAGAAGUGGAACCACACACUCUCCAUGGCCCUGAUACUCUUCUGUAACUACUAUGUCUUAUUUAAACUCCUGAGAGACCGAAUAGUAUUGGGCAAGGCCUAUUCUUAUCCACUCAACAGCUAUGGGUUAAAAGCCCAUUAGUCAUCUGAGGAAGGGAAGGAUAUUUUCAUACAGUUAUAUUUUUUUCCUUGCAACUGUUUAUAAAUAUUUAAAAAAUAUUUUAUAUUUUGUAUACUACUGUUUUUUGUGGGGUAGGGAAGGGCCAAGUGGCAGUUAAAUGUCACCUUAUAAACAAGGUUAUUUUAUAUAAAGACAUCAUUGUGUAUAUACUGUAUAUCAACAUAUAUCUAUGUGAAGCAAGAACA